CCCCUUCUGCAAAGUAUAACUAUCGAUCGGGUAUUUAUUAUGGCUAUGUUAUGUACUUAAAGUCUUUUUAACUCAAAUCAAAAAUGAAUUGUUAUAUGGACAUAAUGAAACAGAGUUUUCAUUUUAAUUAUCAGGCUAAUAAAUAGGUAGUUUGUUUUCGGUUAACGAUCAGACUGAUAAAUACGUAUGUGAAUUAAACACGGAAGUAAACAAAAUGGCGGCGCUAAAACAAGUUUUACAAAUUGAGCCUGCAGCUGAACUUGUAUUCCCAGUGGAGGGAAGUGUCUCCAGACGCAGUGAUGGGAACAAAACUGGACUGUAGAUUCAUACAAGCAGAAAGAAAAGAAAAGAUGACGUCUAGGAUGUUGUAUAUGGAGCCAGACGUAACCUCUGAAAGUCAUACAAGUAAAAAAGGACAAUUCCAUGAUCCUAUUCUUGUUGCAAGCAUUGAUAUUGGCAAUACGUACACCAGAUACGCAUUCUCAUUUCGAUCACAGUAUCGCAAGGACCCUACAGACAUAUGGAUGUUGUCUGAUCUUUGUUCAACAGAAUUAUCUAUAGAUAAUCCAACUAUGAUAUUAAUGGACGACAACAAAGUGUUUGACAGUUUUGGGUAUGAUGCACUCGACAAGUAUAUGGAACAUCGCCAGGGACAUCUUUUCAGAGAUAUAAAACUUCCUUUCUAUCACAAACUGACAGCCAAAGACAUACAAAAUGUACAUGUUAAAGAUGAAUUAGGAAAACAAAUACCUGCAGUCGAAGUAUAUCAAGCAAUUAUAAACCGAGUUAAAGACCAUUUACAAGCUGAGCAAAACAGAAAAAACACGGGCAUACGACCUGGGGAUAUCUACUGGGUUAUUUCUGUCCCUGCUGUAUUUACGGACCGAGCAGUCACUUUGAUAGAAACAGCAGCAAUACAGUCUGGAAUUGCCAAGAAUAAACUCUAUAUUUCCAUCGAGCCAGUUUCCGCUUUGGAGUAUUGUACAAUCACACACAAGUAUGAACAAGAGGACUGUACCAUUCAUCGUCCAAGUGGAUUAACUAGUUCAAAAGCGGAUAUGUUUCAAAAUGGAAGACAAUAUAUGAUAACAGAUAUUGGAGGAAAAUCGCUAGAUAUCACAGUUCUUCAGAAAGGCCUCAGUGGAAAUGUUACAGAACAGCAUAAAGUUUGUUUUGUUGGGCUUGGUGGUAACAGUAUACAAGAGGCACUUGACAAUGUGUUAAUAGACAUCGUCGGAAAUGAAGCAUAUCAUAGGUUCCGUACUGAAGAAGAUAGUAGACAUGGGUACAGGAAAUUACACAAAAACUUCAAUGAAAGACUGACACACGAGUCUUCACAUCUUAAAAGUGUAAUCACAGUCACACUACCUGAACUUAUUUUGAUUGACCUAGAAUCAGAGGAUAGUUUUAAGACUGCCCUUGGUAAGUCUCCUUAUGCUGGUGAGAUUAGUGUUGUUAGAAAUAAGUUGAGGUUGUCUGCAGCUCUUAUGAAAGGACUCGUAGCAGAAUAUUGUCUGACGCUAGUCAAGCAACUAAAAGAUGUGUUUGAGAAGUACUCAUGUGACAAAAACAUUUGUUUAUUGUUCGUUGGAGGAUAUUCUGGUGUAAAAAUAGUCCAAGAAGCUUUGAUAAAAGAAUUUGAUAACUUCGACAUUUUCAUUCCAAGCAAACCUGCAUGUGCAACUGCCGCGGGUUCUGUAAUGCUUGGACAUAUUCCUCCUUUAACGAUAGAUCGUGUACCAAACGGAAGAAAUACCAUAGUGAUGAGAGAAGAUGAUCAAUCGAAAGCAAGUGAUUGCGAAAAAGAUGACCAAGCAAUCGCAAGUGAUUUUGUGCGAAGCGUAUCCGAGAUGUCCAUUUCGAGCGACUUCAUAGAAGAUAAAACAAUAACACGGUCUUCGAAAAUUCGAACAGGUCUGAAAUCUUUGUCACAGAGAUUGCAGGGAAGGCCACAAGAAAUUUCAGUCAGAAGAAAUUAUAUUACUACUGAUGUUAUCACAGCUUACGGAGACAUAGAUGUGUCGAGACCAUUGAAGGCGUGUUUUGCUGACGAAGGGGACAGCGAUAAGACAAAAGAAAUGUUCGGACUGUUCUGGGAAAAGAUUUGCAGUGUAUGGUUUCGGGGAGAAAAUGCUACUAUCCCGCUUGUACCUGUUGCCAAAAGAGCAGAGGCCAGACGUGUAUUUCCUAUUCUUGGUAAAAUUCUUGAACAUACGCUGUGUAUACUUGGUCACUUUCCUCCCAUUCUAUGUCGAAGUUUAGUGCUAGCUUUAGCUCACCCUGACCAAGAUGUUGAUGCUGAUUUAGUAUUGAACGAUUACUUACUGUUCGUCCCGAAAAGAGAAAGUACACUUUUGUUGAAGAGUCUAAAGGAUCAUAUUUGGUCAGAAAACAGGAAAAAGCGUCUCGCCAGAUUUUUAGUGUGAACAAGAUUUCAGUGAAUCCGACACCAAAAACGUUUAGAGAAGACCUUUUAAACAUUGCAUAUGCAGAAAUCAUCGACUCUUCACAUAUUUAUGUUGCACUGAUGAGACGAGGUAUUUCUGAUUUUGCUUUAAAGCACUUCUUCGAUGUUCUUGACACUGAUAGUGUGAGAGCAGAGUAUGAAAUGAUAAAACCCACAACUUAAAGAGUUGUUCAGAUGAUUGAAGAUAUGUUUGACGAAGCUGGCUUUAGUACAGAGGAGAAAAUCAUCAUCAAUUAUCUCAGCAACAUUAUCAGCGAUAUGAGCAAGAAACAACUGCGACAAUUUCUGAUCUGGAUCACAGGAUCACCUUGUAUGCCACAGAAAAUCAACAUUACUUUCAACACAUCUGGAGGCAGGUCAAAGCUUCCUGUAGCACAUACCACAAGUCACGUGCUUGAACUGUCCAGAGAGUAUAGUUCGUUUCAAGAUUUUGAGCGUGUUUUGAUGGAUGUUCUAUUAAAUGAAUUCUUUACACUUACAGCAGAUGAAUCUGGUCGUUGAAACAACCACAAAGAAACGAAUGCAUCAUCCAUAUAUUGAAUUUAUUUCAUUAUUGCAAUUUUUGCAAUUUAAUUCUAAUAUUUUUAUAUUUACUUAUUCAUUCAUUAGGUCUGAUUCACACUCUCAAACAUGAUCGGGAUGUGUUUUGUAUUGGAAAGUCCGCCAAAAUAUACCGGACAUACUGGACAUACAAGGUUCGAUGCAACCACGUGAAAGUUUUUAUUUUAAAUUACGUCCACGUCAUCUAAUCGCUUUUUUUUGCGACUGAAAAUCAAAUUAACCUUUUAUCAUUGAAAAGCUGAUUUAUUUAUUUACCCUUUAACGGUGUCACGACUUAAAACAGAUAUUCGAUAUUCAUGGCCGAAGUUAAUCAAAAGAAACAAGGUAAUAUAUGGUUGGAUGACACUAAUCCGAAUAUGAGAUUCAUUUAUGGCAUGGUUGAAAGUGAAAUUUAUAGAAGCUCGUGUUCAUAUAGAAACCUUUUCUCAUAUCAUUCAAUGCAUAAGAUUAAAAUUGUAUCAUUUUUGUGUCAUUUCUUUGGCACUUGAUUUAAAUACUUGAAAAGAAGACACCUUUUGUAAUUUGAAAUGUACUGAUAAUAUGUUGUGUUUCCUCUAGUUUAUGUUUGUGUAUCUGGGUAUUUUUUAUGAUAUUUUUUCAUGAGAAAGGUUUUGCAUAUUUGUGAGAAUGUUAAGAUGGCAAAGAGUUCUCGUGAUGUCUCAAUGACAGGUAUAGCUCAAUAUGUAUCAUGUUUUGUAUUUGUAAGUAAUGCACUUAACGUUUGUUUAAAGAGAUUUAAGCAACUGUGGAGUUGUAUUUUAGCUUGAGAAUAAACUAGAAUUUCAAGAGUUUUAUUUUAACAACUAUUAGAUAUUAUGUGAAUUUUAUUCGGGACAGAGUCGAAAGCAGAUUGCAGAAUCUUCGAAUAGGAUUGAAUGAAAUUCCAUAGUUUGUGUAUGAAAUAGAUAAAGCGAAGAACUUACUCCAGAAAUAUACUUUUUACUUCGAAACUAACAUGUUUCGUCCAUUGGACUCCAUAGUUAACAUAGUUUGUGUAUGUAAUUCAAGUGGCAUAUUGAGUAAUGCACAUUUAUUGAUAAAUGUAUUUAAAUUUUAUAGUUAUAAAUGUGUGUUUUGUAUGAAAGGAUAAAUUCAUUAAAGUAAACUUA